AGGGCAGAGUUCACCGUCACGCUUCCAGCGGAGGCUCCAGGGUGUGUGCUGGUGUCCUGGCCCCGAAGGGCCUCUGGGAAGGAGGGCAAGGGGAAAGGCCAGCGCUGGCCUCCUCUUGCCACCCCUUUGCUUCUGAUCGCCGCCCUGACCGGCUCGGAACCUGCCUGGGGUUUGGGCGUUGCGUGGAAUGCCCCGGCCCAGGACGGGAUGGUGUCUGUGAGGGGGGUGGGACUCGGUCAGCCCCUCGAGCAGCAGGGAGAUACAGCCCCGUGUGAGCACUGGAGAAAGUGAAACCAAACCGUGCAGAGGCCAGAGCUCCAGGGGAAAAGGAAAAUGGAAGAGAAUCCAAGCAUGGAUCUGCCUGGAGCUGGACCAGCCCAGGGUGAGCUGGGAAGCACAGCAGAGCAUCCUGUGCACCAGGAGCCCACCCGGGAAACAUCUGAGCACCAGGAGCCCACCCGGGAAACACCUGAGCACCAGGAGCCCACCCGGGAAACAUCUGAGCACCAGGAGCCCACCCGGGAAACAUCUGAGCACCAGGAACCCACUCGGGAAACACCUGAGCACCAGGAGCCCACCCAGGAAACCCCUGAGCACCAGGAACCCACUCGGGAAACACCUGAGCACCAGGAGCCCACCCAGGAAACCCCUGAGCACCAGGAACCCACUCGGGAAACACCUGAGCACCAGGAGCCCACCCAGGAAACCCCUGAGCACCAGGAACCUGCCUGGAAAACCCCUGAGCACCAGGAGUCCACCCGGGAAGCACCUGGGCACCAAGUGACAAGCAGGGGGCCUGAGACAUCCUGCAAACCAGAGGAGGACUCUUCAGUGUGUGAAUCAACUGCUGAUGGGGGAGAGACAACACUGUUGGGUUUAGCUGGUUCCACAGUAGAGGAGAAAGCUCCCCAGGAAACUGAAGUAUUGCUGGAAGAAUCUGACAAGACAAGAGAAGGUGUCUCAGAAAGACCCCUGGAAAAAGAGGACUUGGAUGAAGCUGGGCUGGGCCAUGGUGAUGUGGAUGGCAAAGGAGGCAGCCCUGUCCACCAGGAAACAUGGGAGCACCAGGAGACAACUGGGCAGUGUGAAAGCCUCCACAGAGCAGAGGAGGAUGCUUUGUCAGCAAGCAAGGCACGGAGCUCUGAGAGUGAAAUGACACAUUUGGAUGUGACUGGGGUGGAAGAUGUCCCUGGGGGCCUCUUGGCAGAGAAGAGCACCGAUGCCACUCUCCCAGACUGGGAGCCAGAGGCACCCAGAGAGCAAGAAACACAGGAGAGCAGGUCUCAAGGCAUGUUAAGGAAAAGACCAAAAGGGGACACAGCCCCAAAUCCAGAGACUCGGUCUCGCCUGCAGAAUGUCACCACCCAAAACACAGAGCAGGAGAAGGCCAAAGAGUCCCUCCUGUGGAAAGGUGAGGAAAAGAAGCUUCCCUUGCAUGUUACUCAUCGACCAGAAGGCACUGAUCCUCCAGGAGCAAGGCUCGUUGUCGUGGGCCUCGCAGUGCUCGGCUUCUGCAUAUUCUGCUUCGGCAGCCCGACCUCCAGCUCCCAGCAGCCCCGCAAGAACCCCGCGGUGGAGGCGUUCCUGUCCCAGUUCGACCAGCUGCAGCACAGGUUUCCGGGCCAGAGCCCCCACCUGUGGCUUCGUGGGCGCAAGUUCCUGCAGAAGCACCUGAACGCGUCCCAGCACACGCAGCCGGCCAUCAUCAUCCUCACGGCCGCCCGCAGGGGCGAGUGGACGCUGCGGUGCCUCAGCGCCCGCGUGGCCGACUCCUACUCGGCCGCGCUGCACGGCAGCACGGUGCACAUCGACGGCAGCGACAAGGCCGGGCUGCACAGCGACCGCGCCAAGCUGGAGGUGGACUCGGAGCUGAGCUCGGCGUUCCAGGCCGGGGGCCGGGCCGCGGUCAUUCACCGCUUCGAGCUGCUGCCCGCGGGGGCCACCCUCAUCUUCUACAAGUACUGCGACCACGAGAGCGCCGCCUUCAAGGACGUGGCCCUGCUGCUGACGGUGCUGCUGGAGGAGGACGUGCUGGAGAGCCAAAUCAGCCUCCGGCAGGUGGAGGAGAGGGUCCGUGACUUCCUCUGGGCCAAGUUCACCAGCACCAGGACCCCCAGCUCCCACGACCACAUGGACUCUGACAAGCUGAGCGGGCUGUGGAGCCGCAUCUCCCACCUGGUCCUACCCAUCCACCCAGUGCAGACCAUCGAGGAGGGGGGCUGCUCUGCCAAAGCCUAGGGACAAAGGUGGCCAGAGCCCCGAGGAGGGUUGGGAUGAUGGUCCUGGCUGGCUCUGGUACCGGCAGAGGCACAACUGGUGUUAAUUCUCUUCAGUUUGUUUCUUGUAGAUUGCUGGGAAGAGUUUGACAGGCACAAGUUGAUCCAGGCCCUUUGGGCAGCUGAGUCCUGGAGGCGACACUCACGCUUCCUUCUGGCAGAGGGGAAGAGGGGGUAUUUUAGACUGCUGCUUGCACAGGAGAACAUCGACGUGUAGGGAGGCAGGAGGGAAAACAGGACCUUGCAGGUAGCAUUUCUAUCGAGAUACAGACAAAUAAUGUACACAAUCAUUAUGACAGAAAGAGACUGUGAUUCAGCAGCUCUUUCAUCUCUUCCUGCCCCUCAGCUUGCUUAAGUUGCGUACAUCAGCCUCACAAUAUACUUUAUCCAGGGAGCUUCUAGAACACAGAAAGGUCAAAUUCCUCAAAGCCCAACAUUUUGAAGGCAUGCUUCAAAAAGAAAAGUGGUUUGCCAGUCAAGGGUUUGACCAGUCAGCCCCGAUAGAGUCCCACUUGCACAGCCUGAUUGACCCCAGGCAAAGCCCAGAUCCUGAAACAAGCCUGCAAUUCAGAGAUCCCCUAAACAUCAAUUAUGAGAAAUUCCAGGUUGUCAGCACUUGAACACUACGCUCAUGGCGGGGAUCCCAUGAGAGGAUCCCAUGUGCCAGAGAACAAGCUCCACAACCAGAGAGCAACGAAACAGUUGCUGUCAUCCUGAUAGUGUGAAGCCUCAAAGGAUUACACAGGAAAAAAAAAUUAAUAAUACAAUGUAACUUAAUGCUACAUCUUUCUAAAAAAUGUCCGUUCGGUCCCUUUGGUACACAAAGGCUGUGACUCUCUCCUCGGGCCGAUGCUUUGGUCCCACACGACAGAUUGUUCUUCCCCUGGAUCCCUGAUCUGUGUGCAGGGCUGGAAGCUGCCUGCCAGCCCCUCCCCAGGUGAUUUCUAUUGAUGAAUGUAGAUGUUAAUGCUGAUAUUUCAAACCAUGUAGGGUGGCACACCAGGUCCUUGCCCUCUAAGGGUACAUUUGCCUCCCUGCCGGGCUCAUGGAGCUCUGGCAUCUGCCAAAGCAAGUAGGAGCUGGGUUAGCUGGGUUAGCUGGUGAAGACAAAAUCUCUGCCAUUAACACUAAAAAUCCUUGACAAAGGUUAGCUUCUUACCGUGCCUCCUUCUCUGCAUCCUAGGAAGAGAAAUCAAAGUCCUGGAAACACUGUGGUUCCCCCCUGCACACUGUUUCUGCAGGUGCUGUGGGGCAGAGCAGCCAACUCAGGAACACCUGGAGAGCAGGUGCAGGUUACAGCAUUUAUUAUAAGCCAACAGGCAGCCCCAGUGCCAGCCCCGUGUGCCUGUGCAGAUGGAGCAGCUGUAGCUGAUCAUGGCUCAUUUCCACAGAGCAGCACAGACCGAGGCCUUGCAGAGCUGGGCUCUGUAUCCAAACAAGACCAAAUCCACACCACCAUGGUGUUUUUUAGGAGCUGCACAUCUGUCCUGUGCUCCUUACAGCAACUGGACCCUGCUGUUGCAUGGAUCUCCUGCCAACAGUGCCUUGCUGAUCUGCCCCACCAAUAGCUCGGGGAGGCGCAGCCCUGCACCCUAAAACCACAGCCCGUCUCCUCCUUCCCCCUGCCGUGUGCCUUGACCCGUCUCAGGAGAUCAGUGGCCCUUAACUUGGAGGAGGGAACAAAACAAAGGAAGAGGGAGGGUUAUUUGUCCGUGUUCUGGCCAAAGAACAGACUUUUUGGUUGGUUGGGGACGUGAAGACGAGACCACAGGGCUUUUAACUUUGAUAAACGCUGGGCUAAUGUGAGAACUGCCUGCUGGAGCCCAGGGCACAGUGUGGUACAAGAUACAGGCUGCUUCCUCCUCUCCCUCUCCUCUCUUGCUGGACACUACUGUGGUGAGAGAAAACACUAUCCUGCUCUGCACGGUUCAGUGUGGGUGUUGAUGUAAGAACCAGCAGAGCACUCCUCGUGCUGUGCCAAUAUUCUGGUGGCAGUCUGGAUUCUGAUGUUCUCUCUCUCUGUUUUGCACGCUGUGUUUGCAGUGCACUGCCCAGGUCUGCAAAGGCAGCUUGCCCUCGCUGAAAGCAUCACCCACCUGAGCUCUUCCAAUACGGAGAUGUUUUCAUGGCCUUUUAAAGACAAAGUAUCUGCUUGCUUCUGAAACAGGACUUCUAUUUAAAAAUAAAUGAUGAGAUUGUGAAAGAAGCCA